ACUGUCAAUCAGAACAUUUGAGUCGUUUCCUUGUGAUUUUAAUCUUUAUAUACAGCAAACGCUUGCCGAAAUGUACGCUCUUGUUGGUGUAUUUUGUUUGACUCUAUUCUAUGGUGUCGCCAUGAGUGCUGCGCCGGCGUUUAGCGACAGGGACACCAACUGUGGCGGUGUUUAUAAGGGAGAUUCCGGCAUCGUCACGUCGCCAAAAUGGCCUUCUCGGUACACAAACAAACGCCGCUGUGUGUACGAGAUCAACGUAUUGCCUGGCAGGACCGUAAACCUCCAGUUCUCCUCUUUCCACUUGCAGGCUCGUAGACGAAAUAAGUGCCGGGACUGGCUGGAAGUGUACAACGGAGACAUCCGUGUGGGGGACCAGUUCUGCGCCAGAGAGAUCGCCGCCUCCCGUGUCUUCAAAUCACAUGCCAACCGGAUGACGGUUGUUUUCAAAAGUGACCGGAAACGCGGCUUCCCAGGGUUCAAGGGGACGUACAGCUCCGCCGGAUGUGGAAGUCCCGUCGUACCCAGGGCACCGUGGACCAAGAACAGCGGGAACAAGAUCGUGGGUGGAAACGAGGCAGCACCGGGAAGCUACCCGUGGCAGGCCUCGCUCCGUCAGUACGGUUACAGCGGGGGCUUCCACGUUUGUGGCGGGGCCUUGUUGAGCAACAGGUGGGUCGUCACCGCCGCACACUGCAUCGUCAACGGGCUACAGUGGGUUGUGCUCGGCGACCACGACCGACGCAAAAGCACGAAGGCGAAACAGACCGUCAAAAUCCAGAGGGUUUUCAAACAUCCCCAUUACAACGACGAUACGCUUGUAAACGACAUCGCCCUGCUAAAGCUCCAGUCCGCCGUGUCUGUGCAACCGGUUUGUCUCCCCGAUCCCGCCAAGGAGGACCCGGCCGGGACAGUCGUGGCCGUGACGGGAUGGGGCACAGUAUCGGAGGGCGGGCACACGUCAUCCGUCUUGCUACAAGCCAACAUGCCUUUAGUAGACGACAGCUACUGCGUUGACGUGUACAACAUCAUUGCCGACGCCUUAUAUGGCUUCGAUACGAAAGUCGAUCCGAAGAUCAUGAUGUGUACCGGGUACCGCGAGGGAGGGGUGGACACGUGCCAGGGAGACAGCGGCGGGCCAGUGGUGGUGUUCCCGCCAAAGGGGCAGGCUUACCUAGCGGGGGUUAUCAGCUGGGGGUACGGCUGUGGUCGGGAGUUCAUCCCGGGGGUCAACGUGAGAGUGUCCGCCUAUGUGGACUGGAUCCGACAUAUCAUAGACAGUAACUAGAAGAAGCCGUUAGUUUAGAAAAAUAUGAUUACAUUUCGUAAAAUUAUUAAGGCUAAGUUUUGGACAUUUUCAAAAUAUUUCUGAUUUUACAAGGCAUGGUGAUAUUCUACCAGUUGCCAUUUUCUAAGACCUUUCCUCGCUGUUUUUGUGUUAAAGUCCUCUUUUUAUUAUUUUUCUAAGCGCAUUUCUUCAUAACAUUUGAUAUGAAUGCUCAUUGGUCCUAUCGAAUGAUAAAAGAAAAAUGUUUCAGCAUACUUAACAUCAGGACUAAACCAAUGGUACCAUAGUAUGGCAUUGGUCCGAUCCUAUAUCUCCGCCUAUCUCUGUCAAACUAACAUUGAAAUGCAACAUAGUAAUAUAAUGCAAAUGUGAGCCUAUAGGACAACAUGCAACUACUCUCUCAUUGGUAGAACAACUUAUUGGAAGGCUAUCAUUGGUUCAAAUUGUGAUGGAUAGUAAGGAUCGAUUUGUUGCGUCUUAGUAUAUGUGAUUUCUUGUUGUCUUCACGUCCAAGUGUUCAUAAUAGGGAAAAGAAGCAAAUUCAGGCAGUGUCAGAUUCCGAGUGCGCAUGUGCAGCGACAGGGAAUGUGGGUAAUAUAGUAAAAACUCCCUUCCUUUUAAACAUGGUGGGAAGUAACUGCUUUUAAACAGUUAUGGUCUCGACCAUUGCCUAAAUUUGUAUAACAAUAUCCAGAUGUGAUGUUUCAGAGAACUUCAACUUUGACAUAUUACCCAUAACCCCUGUUGUUGCACAUGCGCACUCGGAACGUGCUAUUAAAAAGGGAAAAAAAGCCAGUUAGUUUCAGAAGCACUAUUGUUGUUAUUGUGGUAUAGCUAUUAUCUUUAGAAUUUGAGAAUAAACAUCCGUUUGGACGAUGGUCCAGCUCAAGUACAAAUUAAAGAAAACAACCAAAUUUCAUCAUCUUUUUUCAAAGGCGACCCUGUUUUUGGCGACGCCUCAGGGGCGAGCCUUAUAGCA